AUGAACUACAACGUCUUAACCCCCAAUCUACACCUCAACCGCGCCGCAAACGUUAAUAUGGGCAAAGUGAAGAAGAUCAUCCGCUCAAUGCGCGCUCGGCUGACGACAUCAAGCUUUGGAAGGAGCGAUGAUUCCACGAAUUCGUCCAUACCUAGCAUGAGGAGCAGAUCAAGAUCAACUUCCGAGACCCAAGCAACGGUCUGUAGCGGAUCACGAACAACAACAAUCUCCAACUUAGUAUCCGAGGAAUCUCUCUGCUCUAUUACUGCGAUACUAGAUAGAACGCUGAGUAACGUUCUUCCCUUCAGAGAUCAGGUCAAUAGGAAUAUAGGCCAUCUAGACGCACGAGUCGCUCUCGAAGUCAACACUACCAUACUGCGUUUCGUCGAGAGGUUACCACUUGAUGAGCUGCAAGCCGUUGGUCGAGGGUCUACGGUCUCCUUUCUCCCCAACGACAACGACACGAUAACUAGUGACUCAAACUUGUCUUUCGCAUGCCGCUCAGCAAGGGAAGUCGAACGCGACCAUGCAGCCCGCCGACGUGGGCACGAUGGGGGCGUCGCGCACGAACAACUCAAUCGCGUAUUUCCAGAGUUCGCCGAAGGAUCGCUUGCCAGAUCAAGGGCGCUGAAUGUCACUAGUGUGGAAAACAGCAUGGAUAAUCCGUUGGCAAUCCAUUCAGUGCGACAAUCAAAGCAGGAGUAUACGCAACGAAAACGUAACAAUGACGCGAAUCCGUUUGGUGGGCUUGCUGAUCCAACGCACCACGAUAAAGUCAAACAUUGGCUCAUUGACCAAGAAGACUUCAGUAUAAAGGCAGAGGCGGAAUCUUCGGAUCCGCAAUACCGCAACGUUGAUCUAUCGUUUAGACCGCAAGCACAUAUGGAUCGCACCCCUUCCUUCACAAGACGGUCGUUCGACUCCUGUGAUCUCUUUCUGGAGUCUAUUGGUCUUCUGGUCGCCAAGAAUGAUCAUGAAACCAUUGGCGACGAAGAUUUCGACAAUCUGCCAGACUGGUCUGAUGUAGAGGACGAUCCGGAAUAUAACGUGUUUUUCGAGGAGCUGGAGUAUCAGUGGUCAGAAAGCGCAGCAUCAUCCAAUUUCACUGCGGAGCUGGAAAGUGUGACAGACGAGCUUGUACGAUCUCCGCAGCACAUGAUGAGUGACGAAGAGGCGCUGCCAGAUUGGUCGGACGUGGAAGAUGAAGCAGGAUACAACAAAGCCGAAAGGCAGUCGUUUACAAGCAACCGCAGUAGUGCGAAAGGCGUGCCAGAUUUGAUUAUGCCUGCAGUAUACCUGCCUUCUUGA